AUAGUCUAUCAAGUCUUUCAACUAUGUCUUAGUGCACUAAGAAAGUGGAGCACAAACAUUGACGUCCCAUUCGGAUCUCCAAAGUUCGAAGAAGUAUCGGCCUUCGAAGUAGUUACUAGUUUUGUCACAUCUGCUGAAGGAACCGAGGUUACCUACAACGUGGGCUGUGCUUCUAAGCUUCUAACUAUAAUGAACACAUGGAUUAUUCCUACACCGUAUUUGUAUCAUGAGACAGGUAAGGUACACAUGUUUCCUACGUUGCAUAGUUUGAAAAGGUGCUUUGUUUGUUUAGUCCCGAAAGUGGAUCGCGUACAGUAUCGACUGUUUUAUACCCGAUGGAUGUACUAUGUCAUAUUACCUCAGCAGUUCAAGUCCUUGAAACAGUAUGAAGCGGUGGAGAUUUUCGGACAAAAAGGGCUGCAGUUGUUUCUAAAGUAUGCUCUUAAUCGGUUAGAACAAGGUGGUAAUUCGGCCUGUGAUAUCGUACCAUUCAUGACGUCGCUUGUGAGCUUUCUUGAGACUUCGAAAAGCAAUGUGAAGCCUAGUGAAAUGUUACCUGGGAAGAGAAAAUUCCUAGGAAGCGAACGAAGGUGCGAGAUCAGCGAACCAGUUCAUUUUUCCACGUUGCCAGAACCCUCGUUGGGUUGUUUUUAUCCACGGGUUUUUUGGACUAGUCAUCUGUACGAUUUGAAGUUUAAGGUCAUUGGGAAUUCACUGGAACCCUUCCAAAGUCGCGAGACAAUGGUUUGGUUAUUGCAGCUGCAAAGUUUGUUUUCAGUGCAGCUUCCUAAAAUGCCAAAAGAAUACAUAACUCGGUUGGUUUUUGAUGAUCGGCAUAGGAACAUGAUAUUAUUGAAGAAGGGUAAGGGAGUCAUUGGUGGAAUAUGCUUUCGGCCUUUUCCAACCCAAGGUUUUAUCGAAAUUGUCUUCUGUGCUAUAACUGCUAACGAACAAGUGAAAGGGUACGGGACACACCUGAUGAACCAUUUGAAGGACUACCAAGUAAAAUGUGGAAACUACCACUUGCUGACAUUCGCUGACGAAUUUGCAAUAGGAUAUUUUAGCAAGCAAGGAUUCUCCGAGAAUGUAGAAAUGCCGAAGAAGCUUUACCAAGGUUUCAUUAAAGAGUAUGAAGGCGCAACAUUAAUGGGUUGUCAACUGCACCCACAAAUGUGUUACACAGAGUUUUCUUCGUAUAUCAAGCAUGUUCGUGAUUUACACCAGGUCAUGGGAGAAUUGAAAUACCCGGAUAAGGAGCGAAAGUACGGUGGAAUAGAACAUGUAUUCCGCCAGCAGAGUGGUCAACCACUGAGCUUCAAAGAUAUUCCUGGCCUAGAGAACCAUAGCGAUGACGAACGUACACCCAAAGACCUAGAUCUCGAAACUAAGUUGAAACUUAUACUUAAGAAAUUGAACAGUGAUAAAUGGAGCUGGCCAUUCGUUGCGCCUGUAGACGGUGAAAUGGUUCCUGAGUACUACGAUUAUAUCGAGUAUCCGAUUGAUCUUGGCACAAUGUCUAAGCGGGUAAAAGCAAAAUACUAUGUUCAUCAACAUUUGUUCAUUGCUGAUCUCUGUCGUAUGUUUGCCAACUGUUAUAGCUUCAACGGUAUCGACACUGAAUACUACAGAUGCGGGUACCGCUUGAACAAACUUGCUUAUGAAUUGGUAUCGAAGUAUUUUCCCGAUUCUCCUCUUCUACCCAAUUUACCAGAAAUCAAGCCUACUCUAGACGAAUAG